CGGCAUUGAGAUUUCACAGGCAGUGUGGACUGUGGAGACUGGAAGAUGUGUACAUGGUGCUGAAAAAUAUGCCGUCCUCAAAGCACACGAUGUUUGUCGUUGCUGCGGUAAAAUCGUACUGAAAGCUUGUGUUGCAUCGGUGGAAUCCACAGUUAAAAGAAGGAUUGUGAAGAAAGACAGAUCCAAGGGACGCUUAAACCGCGUUGCGGAGGACAUCAGCGAACAAUUGUCUGAAACCGAUUCAAUUCAGUUUCUUUGUUUCUCCUUUUUCUGUCGUUUUUAACAUGGCGAGCGAUUCUCCGGCUCGGAGUCUGGAUGAAAUAGACCUCUCAGCGUUAAGGGACCCUGCUGGAAUAUUUGAGCUGGUGGAGCUGGUUGGCAAUGGCACCUACGGUCAGGUUUACAAGGGCCGACAUGUCAAAACGGGUCAGCUGGCUGCCAUCAAGUGUAUGGAUGUCACAGGGGAGGAAGAGGAAGAGAUCAAGGCUGAGAUCAACAUGCUGAAGAAGUACUCCCACCACAAGAACAUCGCCACCUACUAUGGUGCCUUCAUUAAAAAGAACCCUCCUGGCAUGGACGACCAGCUGUGGCUGGUGAUGGAGUUCUGUGGCGCGGGAUCAGUGACAGACCUGAUCAAAAACACCAAGGGCAACUCGCUGAGGGAAGACUGGACCGCCUACAUUAGCAGAGAGAUCCUCCGGGGGCUUGCUCAUCUCCACAAUAACAAAGUCAUCCACAGAGACAUCAAAGGCCAGAACGUGCUGCUGACGGAGAAUGCUGAGGUCAAACUAGUGGACUUCGGUGUAAGCGCACAGCUCGACCGUACUGUGAGUCGCAGGAACACUUUCAUCGGCACACCUUAUUGGAUGGCACCCGAGGUCAUCGCUUGUGAUGAGAAUCCUGAAGCCACAUAUGACUAUAAGAGCGACCUGUGGUCAUUGGGAAUCACAGCCAUCGAGAUGGCCGAAGGAGCACCGCCUCUGUGUGACAUGCACCCAAUGAGAGCCCUUUUUCUGAUCCCUAGAAACCCAGCCCCCAGACUCAAAUCCAAGAAGUGGUCAAAGAAGUUCCAGUCGUUCAUCGAGAGCUGUCUGGUUAAGAACCACAACCAGAGGCCCAACACGGAGCAGAUGCUCAAGCAUCCGUUCAUCAGAGACCUGCCCAACGAGAGGCAGAUCCGCAUUCAUCUGAAAGACCAUAUCGACCGCACCAAGAAGAAGAGAGGCGAGAGAGAUGAGACGGAGUAUGAGUACAGUGGGAGUGAAGAGGAGGAGGAAGAGCGCGACAUGGGAGAACCCAGCUCCAUCAUCAAUGUACCCGGGGAGUCCACCCUGAGGCGGGACUUCCUGCGCCUGCAGUUAGCCAAUAAGGAGCGAUCAGAGGCCAUCCGCAGACAGCAGCUGGAGCAACAGCAGAAUGAGGGACACAAGCACCAACUACUGGCUGAGAGACAGAAGCGUAUCGAGGAACAGAAAGAACAGAGGCGUCGGUUAGAAGAGCAACAGCGACACGAGCGUGAGCUCAGAAAGCAACAGGAGAGAGAGCAGAGACAUCGCUAUGAAGAGCAGCUCCGACGAGAGGAGGAGAGGAGACAGGCUGAAAGAGAACAGGAGUAUAUCCGUCGUCAGUUGGAGGAGGAACAGAGACAGCUUGAGAUCCUGCAGCAACAGCUCUUACAAGAGCAGGCUCUCCUAAUGGAGUAUAAACGCAAGCAGCUGGAGGAGCAGAGGCAGGCGGAGAGGUUGCAGAGACAGCUGCAUCAAGAGAGAGCUUACCUUGUUUCUCUCCAACAACAACAACAGCAGCAACAGCAACAAGACUCCAGACCUGCAGAGAAGAAGCAACUAUACCAUUAUAAAGAUGCAGGAAACUCCAGCGAUAAACCAGCCUGGGCCAAAGAGGUCCAUGGCCCGCCCCUGAAACAGAUCCAACCCAUGAACAACAAGCCAUCCACGCCCCCUUCCCAUCUGCAGAACGCCCCACGCCGGACCCCGUCCGACCCCUCUAACCUUAUUCGUGAACAGGUCAUGCAGCAUUUGCAGCAGAGGAAGCAGCAGCAUCGCGUGCAGUCCUCAAGUCAGCAAGAGAGUCGAAAGAAUUCAGCCCUGCCCCAAGACAUUAGCCAGCAGGUCCGCCAUGUUAAGGCCUCCCAGGAGGCCCGUGGACGCAAGCCCAGCCCGGUCGAGGAGCGCUCCAAACUCAACCGUCAAAGCUCUCCGGCCCUGCAGCAUAAAGCGGCCAACCGUAUCUCUGACCCCUCUCUUCCACCUCGCUCUGAGUCCUUCAGCAGUGGCGGUAUGCAGCCGCCACGGACCCCUCCCGUGCACUGCCCUGUGGAACCUCAGAUGGCUCAUCUGGUUCCUGUGAGGUCUCACAGCUCCUCGCUAUCAGCAUCUCAGUCCGUGCAUGAUCAGUCCUCCAAGGGUGUUUCAACCUUCCAGGAAAACCUGAAGUCCCAUCGACCAGAAAUGCCACGGCAGAACUCCGACCCGACUUCAGAGAUGCCCCCUCCGGCCCCUCGUGUUCCCAGCCGCGAGGAGAAAUUUGACCGCAGUUCCCCCUGGCUGCGGCAAGAGGACCUUCCUCCAAAGUUGUGCGGUAAUACCCAGGUGCCUCAGCGGACCACCUCUAUCUCCCCAGCUCUGGUGAGGAAGACCUCUCCUGGGAAUGGAGACUUGGGUUGUGUGGGGAGAGCAGCUUUGCAGCUCAUACGCACCAGUAAUCCAGACCUGAGGAGAACGGAGAUGUCUCUGGAUGUGGCUCUGCAGAGAACCAGCAGCAACAGCUCAUCUAGUUCCAGCACACCCAGUUCUCAGGGUGGCUCCCAUCCUGGCUCCAGUGAGAGGAACCUGCCUAGAGGUUCUGGUAAAUCAGACAGAUCUCAAGUGCCAUCACAAGAGGCAUCAAAGCCCACUCAGGAGGAAGUCAAAGAACAAAACAAACCCAAUCGACCUGCGGAUCUGACUGCCCUGGCUAAAGAACUGAGAGAACUACGAAUAGAUGAGAUCAAUCGGCCGCCACUCAAACUGACUGACUACUCGUCCUCUAGUGAGGACUCUGAAAGCAGUGAGGAUGACGAUGGGGAGAAUGUGGGACAUGACGGCACUGUGCCAGUCAGCGACAUUCCCAGAAUUAUGCCCUCGGUUCAGGGGAACAAUGAGUCUUUCACAAGCAGCCGUGAUGAUUCUUUUGGUGAUUCCUACAAUGAUAAAUCUGAAGAUGGCACCUUGAGAAGAAGAGAGACAAAUGAGAAGCAGCGUUUGGGACACGGUGAGAGCAAUGGUUUCGCUGGUCACGGGAACCUUCCGGACCUGGUGCAGCAAAGUCACUCCCCAUCAGGAACACCAACCAGCCUCAACUCCCAGGACCUGGACAGUAUGGAUGAGUUUGGGCUCAGCGGUGGAUCGCAAGCUUCCUUUACUCCUUUUGUGGACCCUCGCGUGUAUCAGACCUCCCCAACGGACGACAAUGAUGAAAGCUCAGCAGCUGCUUUGUUUGCUAAUGAGCUUCUGCAUCAAGAGCAAGCCAAACUAAAUGAGGCUCGAAAGAUCUCUGUGGUCAACGUCAACCCCACCAACAUCAGACCCCACAGCGACACACCAGAGAUUCGCAAGUACAAGAAACGCUUCAACUCGGAGAUCCUGUGUGCUGCUCUGUGGGGGGUGAACCUGUUGGUGGGAACUGAGAACGGUCUAAUGCUACUAGACCGCAGUGGUCAGGGGAAGGUCUAUAACCUCAUCACUCGCCGACGUUUCCAACAGAUGGAAGUGCUGGAGGGUCUAAAUGUCCUGGUCACCAUAUCAGGGAAGAAAAACAAGCUACGUGUGUACUAUUUGUCAUGGCUGAGAAAUAGAAUACUGCACAAUGACCCGGAGGUGGAGAAGAAGCAGGGCUGGAUCACGGUUGGCGAUCUGGAGGGAUGCAUUCACUAUAAAGUUGUGAAAUACGAGAGAAUCAAAUUCCUGGUGAUCGCAUUGAAGUGCUCUGUCGAGAUUUAUGCAUGGGCCCCCAAGCCGUACCAUAAAUUCAUGGCUUUCAAGUCUUUCACAGAACUGCCGCACAAUCCUCAGCUGGUGGAUCUGACUGUAGAAGAGGGUCAGAGGUUAAAGGUCAUCUAUGGCUCUAGUGUGGGCUUUCAUGUGAUUGAUGUGGAUUCUGGAAACCCGUAUGACAUCUACAUACCCUCACAUAUUCAGAGCACUGUGACCCCUCAUGCCAUCGUGGUGCUCCCUAAGACUGAUGGCAUGGAAAUGCUGCUGUGUUAUGAGGACGAGGGUGUUUACGUCAACACUUACGGCAGAAUCACUAAAGAUGUUGUCCUGCAGUGGGGAGAGAUGCCCACCUCUGUUGCUUACAUCCACUCCAACCAGAUCAUGGGCUGGGGAGAGAAAGCCAUUGAGAUCCGUUCGGUCGAGACGGGACACUUGGAUGGUGUCUUCAUGCACAAGAGAGCUCAGAGACUCAAGUUCCUCUGUGAGAGGAACGACAAGGUGUUCUUCGCCUCGGUCCGGUCGGGCGGCAGCAGUCAAGUGUUCUUCAUGACGCUCAACAGGAACUCUCUGAUGAACUGGUGAAGCUCCUGCAGACCGAACACUGUGGAGCCGUUUCUCCCGUCUGCAUUCUGUGUGAGCGCACGGUACAUUGACACUGGUCUAAAAAAAGAAAAAAUAUACAGACUCGAGGAGUGAGCCUUGAGACACGGGCGUGUUUCUGUAGGGAGAGCACUGGCUCUCUGUACACUGCUCAUAAAGAUGCAGUAUCUGAGAUCACCUGCAGUGGCACGCAGUCCCCAGCAGGGGAUCCGACGCGCUCAAACUCUGUUUUAGACCUUAUUUGUGGCCUCUGAUGAAGCCCGAAAUCAGUUCUUUCAGUAUUUCACCCCUUUACUUUCCUGCCCCUGUUUUCCUUCUACUUUUGAUUGACUCUUUCUUUUCAGGUUUCAGUGAAUUUGAGUCAUUUGCAUGAUUGUAAAGAAUCUGAGUAUUUAAAAGAUCAAAAAAUGUGUGGAUUAGCACUCGGGCUAAGAUCAAGCGUUAGUCUCUUGAUUUUCCACUUUCCGGUACUGGCAACAGUUUUGCCAGUUUCACGAAUAUCUGUGAUGCCAGUUUUUUUUCUCAAAGGAGAACAACAACUAAUACUCAAAAAGAAACAAAUAACACAGGUGCUCAUUUGUAUAUUGUCAACAAGAUCCAUAUACUGUACAUUAUCCAAAGUACUGUAUCAAAAUGUAGUUCAGCUUGUUAAAGUGUUAUAGCUUUGAAGUUGAAAAGGUGGAAUUGCUCGACAACAUUACUGCCUGGGUCAUGAACGGUUCAUGUUGGAAACCAUGUUUUGAAUUCUUUCGUUCACUUCUCUGGUUUUCUUUUGGAAUGUUUUAAACAUGACAAAACCGGAGAAAGACUGUUUACAGAGUAAGAUCGAGUCAGAUUAACAUUACAUUGAGGCGUAUGUCCCGUUCACUGUUUGCAUGUGUUGUGUAGACACUGGAUCAGAUUUUGUACGAUGUUGUACGAUCAACAUAUCGGAUUAACACAAAUUCCCAUGAGUCUAGGAUUAUAGUAAAAAUAAAAGAAAUAUCUAAGCACAUGUAUUUCAGUAACAAAUGUGGAUUGAGGAAGUCUUGAAGGAUUUCGUUCACGCAGGUUAACUUGUGCCAGACACUGUAAUGAAAUCUAAAUCAAAGGCACAUUGAUUUUCUAUUUUUGCGUCUUCUGCCAUCACUGUUGGGCUGUUGUUAACAUAAGACUCUCUUUUGAAGAUAUUCUUGUGUUAAGCUAUAGUUUCUUGCACUUUUAUUAACAAUUCCCAAUCGGUCAAAAUAAACUCAAAACUUUCAAAAAAGGAAAAAGAGUGUUUAUCAACAAUAAUGUAGAACUCACUAUUAUUGGCCUGUAAUAUCAGAAAUGUUUAUCUUAAUGUUUUGUUUAUAACUACUACUGUAGGAGAUACCAGUUACAUUAACCAUACUGUAUUGUUUUUGUUUCGUUCAUCUUUCUGCUUUGAAUUUGAUUAUUUGCAUUUUUUGUUUGUUUGUCUGGGGCUUCAGUUCAAUGCUUUCGUUUUUCAAGUCACUUGAUGUUUGCACAGUAUAUAGAUAUUUAUAUUUCUUUCACAUCUCUUACAUAGCAAAAGAAGAAUAUUUGAAUGGUGAUGGAAUGAGAAGUUUUUAGCAAUAAUGUCCUGCUGAUGUAUGUAUGCUGUGUGACACACUGUGUUGGCCAGUGCUGGGGAAGAACUCAUUCGGACCUCGCUGAGCUCUUUUAAUGAACAACUUUAUUUGACACUCAAGAAUGGAUACUGAAUCUUUCUGUCUUAAUACGUUUUUAAUGAUCGUCAUUCUUUUGGAAGCUAUAAACAAAGUUUUGGUUCUAUUAUGGUGAUAGAAGCACUAUGUUCUGUUUUUGUUUGUUUGUUUUUUUAUUUUAUGAUAAGAAAAAUAAAACCGAUAAGUACC